AUGACAACUAUCUUAGGGAAAAGCGAUCACAAACUAUGGAAGUAUUGGACGGGUGUGACUUGGUUUUCGGAGUGGAAAAAAUCACUUAUAUACGCACCAAUCAGCGUCAUUCCGUUCGUGUGGCCGCACAAAUUAUGGUUGUCCUACGUGGCGGGCGGCCAACUGCUCACUCUUGCGUUUUUUCAUCUUGUCUUGACGUUUAAAAGCAAAAAGAAGAAGAGGAGGAGGAAAGACAAUCUUCUACAUACCGACGGUGAUAGCUUUGAAAGCAGCAAAUUCGAAGAGGUGACGGAGUGCCUAGACGACGGCCUUCCGGAGCCUAUCCCGGGCAGUAGCCACUCCAUUUCUGAUAGUUUAGUGGAACAAGACACAAUUCUUGAAAUUUGACCUGAAGUACACAAACCCCCAGAUCUCUUCAGACACAUCGUCGAUUCAGGACACUGGAGUGACGAAGACAGGAGUGAAACUCCAACGACAGUGUCAUAAACUGUUUUUGUAAAGUAUAUAGUUUUAUUUGUGUGCUGUGAAGAUGUAAGUUAUUUCUCCUGUAUUAACGAUUAUUGAAAUCUGCACUUCAGUAAUCUUUAACUGGUGUUAGCUACAAGCAUUACGAUAAAUUGGAAAAUUACAAAAUUUAAAUCAUUUUAUAAUAUUCAAAUAGCCUUACUUAUUUAUUGAUUUGAAUAAGGAACAAGCUGUUUUUCCAUAAUUUUAGUAAUCUUAUUCUCUAAUUGUAGUAUUUAACCCUUUUAUUUCUCACGAGCGUACGCGUGUUGUAAAUUUUACGUCUUUUUGUAAAUGUUCUUUAAAUAAAUACAGGAAAUUGUUAUAAGGAUAUAAGAAAAUUGUGUUUUACGUCAUUUUAAACUAUUUUUAUUAAUAUUUUUUACAAAAAAAAACAACACUCCAAAAACGUAAUAUUUUACGUCUAUUGGUCAGAAUCAACAUGCUCAUUCUUUCAAUAAUUGCGAAACACAUUAACCGCACGUACCUACUAACUGCACGUAUGGGCCAUUCCACGAACAUACACCUGUUUUGGAUUACUUCGACAACGAAUAUUUUACUGUGCAACAUAAGAGGUACUUAAGUAAAUGGCACUAAUAAUUAUUCCAAUAAACAACAAUGUAAUUUGCAAUUUACUUUCGUUCUUCUUAUUUUGCACAGUAAAUAUUCGUUGUCGAAGUAAUCCAAAACAGGCGUAUGUUCGUGGAAUGGCCCAUAAAUGUCAACACUUAAUAAUGGCAACACUUCAAUGAACCUGAAGAUCUUUUCUUCUCCAUUACACAUUGUCGGUACACACCGUGUUUUGGAAGGUUUCUAUUUUGUUCUUCUUCAGUAAGUUGAACCUCCCAACCGUAAGUCACCUUGAGGAGAGUACUUCUUAUAUCUUUUGGUAACUUUCUUACAAAUUUUUCAGGAAAACCCUUUGCUAUUUCGGAGUCUUAGCUGGACAGGCCAAUUUAUAUAAAAUUUGAUCAUUUAUGCUGUCAAUAUUUAUCACACUGUAGAAAACUAUACACGGCAAUCUGUUUGUUAUCCUGUAGGCCGAGUAAGCAACACACCACUGAUGGAUUGGUUGAAUAUUAGUAAUAGAUUGGCCACCACGAUGGCCCGACUUAACACCUCUGGAUUUCUUCCGAUGGGGAUACCUAAAGUCAAUUGUCUAUAAACCACAACCUCGAAAUUUGGAAGAUUUAAGUGGAAGAAAGAAUAACUGCCGCGUGUAGGGUUCAGGCUGAAGUUUUUCGAAAUAUUAGAGAGCAGUUUUAGAGCUGGCUUUGUCACUGUUUACAAAAUAGUGGAUUACACCUCCGAACAUUUAAUAAAAUAAGUUAAUUUUCAUUGAAUUUUUAUGUUUUAUUGCAAAACAUUUUAUACUUAAAUAUCUUUAUGGUUUUAUUUAAUUUUUCCAAAAGUACUGAAAAGACAUUUAUUGUAUGUAGUAUGUUCGAAAGGGUAGUUGAUCGACCUUUAAAAUAAAAUAUCACUCAACCCCCUUUUCAUUACAGCUGUUGGAGUCUGUGUACGUCCCCGCUAGAGGGUUGAUGUAAUUUAGUUGAAAACAAAUGUCCCCCUAACAAAUAAAUCCGACGUGUUUUGCAAAUUUUUAGAUUUUCUAUAGGGACCGAAUGUGGAUUUUUAUUAAUCACUUAUUGAAUCAGUUUUAGAUUCAGAAUUUUAGUCACUUUGUUUUAUGUUGAGAAGAAGACGGUGUUUCACUAAAUGUUUUAAGCACGAUAAUGCAACAUAAAUUUGCAAAUAAAAUAGAGAGAUAUAUUUAAUUAAAACUGGACAAUUAAAAUAUAUGAAUAUACAGGUUGUUCGAUAAAGAAUGGGCCAUAGCUUAACCUUAGAUUCCUGGGUUAAAAUAGGUCGAUUUAAGCUAACUUACUUUAGUACAACAGUUGAGAAUAACCGAAAUACAGGGUGUUAAAGUUAUACUUUUAUUUUAUUUAUUCUUGAAUAUUUCCUGACAGGCACGAGAUAACAACACAAAAUUUGGCAAGAGGGGAUUUUUUAGGACGAGAAAUGUAAAUUUGCCCCCAAAAAUGAUGUAUUACCCAGAGGGCGCCACAUACUUCUUUCAACGCUCAUUUAAUACGCUCAUUUUUUUAUCCCCCGCCCUACUUUUUGGAUCAAAACUUUUAUUAGCAUCGACCUAUUUUAAGCUCAGGGAUCUAAGGUUAAGCCAUGGCCCAUUCUUUAUUAAAGACCCUGUAUACUAAAUAAUAGAAUACAGGAGAAAUAACGUAAUUUUAAAAUAUUUUGUAAACAGUUUACCUUUGAAAGAAUGUUCUAAGAUUUCUGAAAUUUACAUAAAAAAUUAGCUAUUGUUAUGUUAAAAAAUUUCAUAAAUUCUUUGGUUACUGUAUUCCUUUUAACU